AGCGAGGGGUGAAGGAGGAAACAGAAGCGCGUCGGAGCCGUCAUGGACGCGCUGGAAUGAGUGUCCGUCCGUGCCAUACAACAACAUGAUGUCGAAAUGCAUUUUUGAAGUGCUUCUUUUUCUUCAGCUCUUCGUGGGAGGAGGUUCGUUAAUACAGUCGCCCCAGCAUGUGAGGAUUGAGUCCUACAAUCUGCGGAGUGUGCUGCGCUGGAGCCCUGUUGAGUCUGACGGAAACACGCCGGUCCAGUACCUCGUCCAGUACACUGUGUCUGGCAUGGGUGAAUGGCGGGAUGUUUCUAGCUGUGCCCCAACAUUGGUCACGCAGUGCAAUAUCUCGUAUGAAGCGCGGCCAUACAUUAAGGUGACUUUUCGUGUCCAAGCACAGGCUGGAAACCAGACCUCCUCUUGGUCCCCGUCUAAGCCAUUUAAUGCCCACCUACAGACUCAUCUUGGCCCCCCAAGCAUCAGACUUUCUACUGAGAACCCAAACACCUUGACUGUUGUGGUGGAACCUGACGCCAGCCUCAAAAAAGAGUAUGGAGACCAGCUCAGUUACCGAGUGUUUAUUGGACAGGAGAAUGAGAACUUGACGAAUCACAGUGACCACAGCUCCACUGUGAUCGUCCGGCCCCUUAAAGGGGGGGUAAAGUACUGCGUGCAAGUACACUACGUCAUUGAGCAGAGACUGGGCGACAGUACCGGCAAAACGUGCACUAUAGUUAAACAGUCAGAAGAGGAGAGGAUUAUCCGGGCUGUCUUGCUCUCAAGUUUGCUUGUGGCCCUUUUCGGUGGGCUUAUACUGGGCUUCAUCUUUAUUGUGUACAAGAACUAUGACAAAAUUAAGUAUGUCCUGAGACCUACCUUGCAAUUCCAGGACUACAUUGAGGAGUUCUUAUUUGGGGAGCGCUUCACUCAGCUGUCCCAGCUGAACUCCAACAACCCGAACACUGAGGAGACCUGUGACAGGAUUUCCCUAAUUUUCACAGAUACCAACAUUGUUGAGAAUGUGUGACAUCUCAUCGGUGCAGUCUUGAUUCUGAGAAUUCACGUGAGGACAUUAGCUCCCCGAAAACUUAUGGUAUCCACUAAACUUUGGACUCUAAUGAGCAUUUUUCAGUAGCUCAUUCAGUGAAUGAAGGCUGAAAAAGAGCUCAAGACACUACUUUCUUUAUAUUUUUUAUUACAUAUGUCAUCUUAGUUAUCCAAGUAAUGUUAUUGUUUUACACACUAGAAUUGCACAUCCUACCCUGCUUACACCUGAGAAGACUAAUCUUUAGCUUUCUAGUUCUGUCAGUGAGGGAAACAACUUUACGGUUUGCACUUUGAGCUAUAGAAUGUAGGAAUGUGAAUUGGAUUGUCAUUUUUUUAAAAUGACUUUUCUGAAACAGGAAGCAAGAAUGUUUAUAAUAAAGGGUUUUCUUUAGUCUCUAGCUGGAUUACUUUAAAAUGGUAUAGGUGAGGUUUCAAAUUUUUGCUCCCAAAAAAAUCCAAUAAACACUACUGUUUCUAACACUCAUGUAGCUCAUUUUUGUCCUGUAAGUCUGCACUGGUACAUUUUAAAGUGGCUCUAUCAAAUAACUCAUUAGCACAGUAAGUUGCCUUGUAACUAUAUUUACUAAGUAAAUACCUUGGGUGAAGGGAGGGGGGAAUCAAAUCUGUGACCUUUAGAUAACAGGCAGCCACUCUAACCACUCUGGUACCAGCUGUCCUGCAUUUGCAGCAACUUUCAAAUUGUUUGAUUUGCAGUAGGGGCUCCCAGUAUUUUUCCCAUAAGGAGCCCCUUCCCUAACUUU